AUGGCAGAAUUUCCAAUAGUAUUUACAGUACGAUAUGGGAGCGAUGAUGAUCAUGAUAAGAAGCUGCGUAUCCCUGAUGGUUUCAAAAACGUGCUAGAGGAUGGUUUUUUAAAUAUCGAACUAUUUGUGUGUGAUGGGCAUGGAUCUUGGUUAGUAACUCUGGUGCACGAAGAAUGCGGUACUGAUUGGGGAAUAUAUCUUGAUGCAGGGUGGAGUGAUUUUGUUGGAGAUAAUGGUUUAGAUGUAGGUGAUGUCCUACUGUUUACCUAUUUAGGGGACAGCUCAUUUAGUGUCCGAAUUCAGACUGAUAGGGAAGCAAAGAAAAUAGAAAAAAGACAUGAUGAUACCUCAAGAAGUUCUCAUAAAAAGCGUGGGCGGAAACCAGCCAUUGAAGGACUUUCAUCUAAAAUGAUUAAGACCAAUGCUUGUCUUACUCAACUUGCAGCUGCUUGUCAGGAAGAAUAUUUCCUAUUUUCAUUUUCAGCAGCACAUAUUCAGCAAGGAGUUAUAAACGUUCCAUUGGAUUUUGCUAGGUUGCAUUUUAAGGAUUUCCUUGACACUACAGAUGUAAUUCUCCAGAAUGGCAACACAAAGUUCAGCGCUCAGCUGAAGGUUACUAAGAUUGGGAACAUAAUUAGUACCUGCUCUAUUAAGAACGGGGUUAACAAAUUCAUUGAUUACUUCAGUGUUCAGGUAGAGGAAGGUGCUUUGAUCAAGCUCAGAAAAGGGAACAUAAUAAUCUUUGAUGUCAAUCUAGUCCUAGUGUAA